AUGUCACACUAUUUUCCUGUGAUAGUAUGUCCAGAGAUUCCCAUCUAUUUGCCACGAGAUAUUCCACAUGGCAACGCCUACGAGUAGAAGGUGAGGAAAGGCUACGAGUAUGCUAUCUACAGAUAAUACCCCAAAGAUCAUAUUCUCCACCAAAGAGACACAAUUAGAGAAACCCAAAGAUCUUGUAAAAACGGUGCAAAUAAAGCCGCCCUCCCGGAAAGCACAAAUUGGCCGUGUUCCAGACGUGUCAUACCGGUAUGCCAUUCAAUGAUCACAAAGCUGUAAACUUCUCUGAUACGGUUCCUAUACCAGUACAAUGGCGUUGUUUUCCCCGUCAUUGUGUCAAAGCCCAAACCUACCAACGCGCCACACACCUAGGGACAGUACCACCAUCGGCACACAGUGCUCUCUCUGUCGGAAAAGCAACCCUCCACUCGACGAUCUCCCAUUCACCACCACCUCCUCCUCUCUAUCCACCACCAACCUCCCAUUGAACUCGCAGCGCUCAAGAACCUAUUAUCCAGCCACCCUUUUCCACCCUUCAUCACCAACCGAAAUCCGCAGCCAUACUCCUCCUCCUACUCCCCAGUUUCAUCUCCUUACCACUCAAUAUGGUAUUCCUAUUCUAAUUCCCUUUCCCCUCUUCCAUCCAUCCCCCAUUUCACCCUCCAAAAAUGAAGCUUAGCUACAUCCCCAUCCUAUUUCCGUUACCAUCUUUCACGUACUAACAUUUCUACCACCAACACCACAAAACAGAUCGGCAAAAUUGCACACUACAGCUUUGAUGCAAUCCUAUUCUCCGCCUUUCUAGCGGGCGUUAAGCGGUCCACCGGUCUCACGUACUACAACCCCCCCCUCCCCUGCAUAUCUCACAGGACCCCCUAGUAUUCCCCAAAAACCCCGCCCGCAGACCUUAGCUCUCGAGAGACGGGCGAAACUGACCACUAGACCUAGCUUCCAAACAGAGAAGAUUGAAUCCAAAGAUGUCCGCUCCGCAAUCGACAAGUACCUCAAUUUUGGAGAAUGGGUUAUGGACCAGAGCAUUGCUGUGAUGGGCAGUAGCAGUUAUUUUGAGAGGAAGCGAUAAUCUGCUCAUCCCUUCACGGCAGGGGGUUGCACGAAUGAUGGUUGAAGUGAUGGUUUUUUUCCUGUCUGACAAAAAAAGAAGGCUUCCCGACAAGGUCCUACGGAAAACAAUGAAACAAGGACCGGUACGGAAAUGAACAAACGGACGAUGGAUGUCUUGGGAAGAAAAAACGAAUCGAUGGCUAUACACUCGAGUACUGGAUUUGGAUUGUCCGAUUGGGGUUCACAUUCUUUGUCUUUUUCUUCUUCGCUUUGAAACUUCCAUUGCGCUUAUUCAAAGGGUACAUGGAUUUGGUGUUUUUUUCACUCUCUCCUCUUCUAUUUUUUUUUAUUUGGCUAUGGUAUAAUUCUCUCGUAGCUUCCACGAUGUAUUUUGUCACCCUCCACUCCUUUUAUUCUCGAACUUACUACUACUUUGCCGCCCCCCAGAAGCCCUAGAUAGCUUUUUCCUUUUUCUUCUUACUACUAUUACAGACAUGGCAUAACUGGAUGGAUAAGUAGGCUGAUGGACGAACAGGGGUGGGAUUAAGACAUUUCCUCUUUUCUCUUUUUCCCCCUUGUGUAUUGGAGCAUGACGAGAAAUUCGAAUUUAUGCAGCAGCUCAAUCAGCCACCGCAAUUGAGAGCGUUAUGAUAGAGUACAAUUGAACAAUUUGAUAUAAAA